GACUGACCAAUGAGAAAAAGAAUGUGGUCAUCAUCUCGGUUAAGAUAAUCUAUUGACAAAGUGCACUGAGGAAUUUUCAAUAGAUUAACCUUUUAGACAAAAUGACCAAUCAGAAGUCGUUCAAAAAGUUUUUUUUGAAGUACGAGAUUCUACAAUAUGCACCGAAAAGCUUUUGUCUAACAAGACAAGUCUAUAUUCUUUUUCAAACACAGUUUUCUGGUGAGAUUGUUUGCAUCGGGUCGAGUCGGGUUCGGGUUAAGUUGUUGUCGGAUCGGGUCGGGUUCGGGUUUAGAUGUUAUCGGGUCGGAUCGGGUGCGGGUCGACAUUUUGGCAGUCGGGUCGGGUUCGGGUUAGGUUUUCUUAACCCGUGCAGGUCUCUACGCUAUAGCUAAUGCGGUCUGACUACAGCGUUCUCACAUAAGCGCUGUAGUCUGUCUGAAUUAAGAAGUGUAGCACGGUAAGUAGAAGAGUAAAUAAGACAAUCCAAAAUGCGCGAUGCGUAUUUCAUUUUCAAUUUCAGAAUCAUCCUAGCCGUUGAUUUAGAACUUUGGUUUAUAGGUGCACUCGGUUUUAUGAAUGUAAUUGAAUUUCUUGGACCAAAACUGUAUAUGAUAUCAAAAAUGUUAAAAGAUUUAGCAUUUUUUAUGUGUAUUCUACUUAUUGUUUGCACUGGCUAUAGUGUAGCAUCACGAGCCGUUUGUCUGAAUGGCCAAAUCGAAUUUAGUGGCAAGGGCAUCUUUCGACAAAUUUUUUAUCCAGUUUAUUAUAUGAUGUAUGGAAUAUUUGAUACGGAUUUUCAAGUUUUAGACGAAUCAUUACACGUUGAUUCAUUAGAAUCGGCGUCAGCUCAUGUCUUGUUAGCGAUACAUGUCAUGUUCGUUAAUGUACUUUUGUUAAAUUUGUUAAUAGCAAUGUUCAGUAAUCGUUUUCAACAAGUUGAAGAUGAAACAAAAAUUGUUUGGUAUAAUCUUCGUUAUACAUUUGUCCGAAUGAUCCCAAUAGAGGCUGAUUGUCAUAAGAAAUGGUCUGCUUUUGAAAAAACAUGCACAGAUCAUUUUGCUGAAACACAAGUGACUGAUAGAUCCAUUGAACAUAGAGAAAAUUCUUCGGAUACCAGGUUCAGACAAAUAAAUAAACAAUAUAAUUUACAAGUAACACAACUUAAUCGAAAAUUAACUGAACAAGGUGAAGUAAUAAUUACAAUGCAAAGAACAAUUCAAGAUUUAGAUCGUUAUUUGAGGCUAGAAAUUUCGCGUUGA